CAGCAAAAACGCAAAAAAAGCAACCAAUAAAAAGUGUUUAAACCAACAGAAAAAAAGCUAGCAACAUAGAAGGCUGAAAACGUUGCCAAUUUCUGUAAUUAACAAAAAAAGAGACCACAAAGAAACUCAUGACGUCACGGGCGUCAGGUUCGACUCGCACUUGAUUCGCAUUUUGGCUCAGCUGCAACCCAAAACGAUGCGCAUAUUAAAAUUGUUGAGGCCGCUGCUGCUCGUCCUGCUGCUCCUGCUCCUGGUGAACUGCGUCUGUGUGUGGCCCGUUUCGGCGGCCCGGGAUCGGUUCGCCCGCCAGAAUGCCAAACAGCGACAGCAGGACGUCUAUCGCAACAGCAACGCGAACCGUGCACGCAAUCGUCCCUCGAACGUUGGCCAUGAUCGUGCAACAGCCGCGGCAGCGGUAAGCGGCGUUAUCAUCGGCAACGCUGGCAGCGUCGUCGGCGAUAACAACAAGGAUACGUUCCCCAAAGGCAAAAUUUGCAUUGGCACAAAGAGUCGUCUAUCGGUGCCCUCGAAUCGGGAUCAUCAUUAUCGCAAUCUGCGCGAUCGUUACACAAAUUGCACCUAUGUCGAUGGCAAUUUAGAGUUAACCUGGCUGCAGGAUGCCACUUUGGAUCUCAGCUUUCUGGCCAACAUACGUGAGGUGACAGGCUACAUACUGAUCAGUCAUGUGGAUGUGACCAAUGUGAUAUUCCCAAAACUUCAAAUAAUACGCGGACGAACGCUAUUCAGCGUGAACGGUGAGAAGGAGAAGUAUGCCUUGUUUGCCACCUACUCGAAGAUGAACACGCUGGAGAUGCCCGAGCUGCGGGACAUACUGCAGGGCUGGGUGGGAUUCUUCAACAACUACAAUCUGUGCCACACGCGCACGAUUGUCUGGCGCGAGAUUCUGUCGGGCGUCAAGGAUGAUUUCAAUUACACGUACAAUUUUACGGCGGAUGAGCGCACCUGUCCCAAGUGCGACAGUUCCUGUGAGACGGGCGCCUGCUGGGCCGAGGGUCCGGAGAACUGCCAGAAGUUCAGCAAGAUCACGUGUGCCCCACAGUGCGCCCAGGGUCGCUGCUUCGGUCCGGGGCCGCGAGACUGCUGUCAUCUGUUCUGCGCCGGAGGGUGUACGGGACCCACGCAGAAGGAUUGCAUUGCGUGCAAGAAUUUCUUCGACGAUGGCGUCUGCAAGGAGGAAUGCCCGCCGAUGCGCAAAUACAAUCCAUCCAACUAUGAGCUGGAGCCGAAUCCCGAGGGCAAGUACGCCUAUGGAGCGACCUGCGUCCGCGAAUGCCCCGGCCACCUGCUGAAGGACAAUGGCGCCUGUGUGCGCAGCUGUCCCUCCGACAAGAUGGCCAAGGAUGGCAAGUGUGUCGCCUGCAAUGGGCCAUGCCCCAAGACUUGCCCGGGCGUCUCAGUGUUGCACUCGGGCAACAUUGAUUCGUUUAAGAACUGCACCGUCAUCGAGGGCAAUAUCAGGGUGCUCGAUCAGACCUUCUCCGGCUAUCAGGAUAUCUUCUCCAAUUACACAAUGGGACCGCGCUAUAUACCCAUGCAUCCCGAUCGCCUCGAGGUCUUCUCGACAGUCAAGGAGAUCACCGGCUACCUCAACAUUGAGGGUGUCCAUGACAACUUCAAGAAUCUAUCCUACUUUCGCAAUCUGGAGGUCAUACAUGGCAGACAGCUGAUGGAGAGUUAUUUUGCCGCCUUAUCGAUUGUCAAGUCCUCGCUGUCCAGCCUGGAGUUGCGCAAUCUGAAGCGCAUCAACUCGGGCAGCAUCGUCAUCCAGGACAACAGCCACCUCUGCUAUGUGGGCAACAUUCGCUGGCCCACGCUGCAAAAGCUCGACGAGCAGAAGCAGUUCAUCAAUAAGAAUCGCAAUACAACCGCAUGUCUCAAAGCCGGUCAGGUCUGUUCGGAUCAAUGUAAUGGCGAUGGCUGCUGGGGCGCUGGACCAGACGAGUGCCUCAACUGCAAGAGUUUCAACUACAACGGCACCUGCAUUGCCGACUGUCGCAAUGUCUCCAACACUUAUCAGUUGGAUUCGAAGACGUGCAAGAAAUGCGAUCCGGAGUGCCGUACCUGUUCCGGACCCGGUGCCGAGCACUGCGAUGAGUGCGUGCACGUCCGGAAUGAUCAGCAUUGUGUGACCGUCUGUCCGGAUGACAAGUACUCGGACUUUGGCAUCUGUCGCAAGUGCCACGAGACAUGCACCGGCUGCACGGGACCAAGGAAUACGAUUGGACAUGGCGCCUGUAAUACAUGCAGUCUGGCGAUCAUCAAUGCGGAUGCGACUGUGGAGCGUUGUCUGCGCAAGGACGACAAGUGCCCCGACGGCUACUACUGGGAGUAUGUGCAUCCGCAGGAGCAGGGCUCCCUCAAGCCACUCGCAGGCAAAGCGAUCUGCCGCAAAUGCCAUCCGCGCUGCGAGCUCUGCACCAACUAUGGCUUCCACGAGCAGGUCUGCUCCAAGUGUGCCGGCUACAAGCGACGCGAGCAGUGCGAGGACGAAUGCCCAGCGGAUCACUAUGCGGAUGAGGAGAAGCGCGAGUGCUUCGAGUGCCAUCCGGAGUGCAAGGGAUGCACGGGACCCAGCUCCGAGGACUGCCUCGCCUGUCGCAACUUCAAGCUGUUUGCCGGGAGCGGAGUCUAUGACAAUUCCACGGAGUUCAACUGCACCUCCAAGUGUCCGGCGGAGCUGCCGCAUGUCAACUAUCAGUCGCACUUCAUUGGGCCGCAUUGUGUGUCCAGUCCGCCCCGGGGAUCGAAGAUGAAUGCCGGGCUCAACGUGAACACGAUUGUCAUUAUCUUUGUGGCUGUAUUUAUACCCGUGAUCUGUGUGCUCUGCGUCAUCAUCUACAUCUGCCGGCAGAAGCAGCAGGAGAAGAAGGAGACGGAUGACUUGGCCAAGGUGUUCUUCGGCUGUGAGGAUUCGGAGCCGUUGCGUCCCUCCAAUAUUGGCGCCAAUCUCAGCAAACUGCGCAUUGUCAAGGAUGCCGAAUUGCGCAAAGGCGGUGUUCUCGGCAUGGGCGCCUUCGGGCGUGUCUACAAGGGCGUCUGGGUGCCAGAGGGCGAGAAUGUCAAGAUACCCGUUGCCAUCAAGGAGCUGCUAAAGACAUCCGGCGCCGAGUCGAGUCAGGAGUUCCUCAGUGAGGCCUACGCCAUGGCCACUGUGGAGCAUGGCAAUCUGCUCAAGCUGCUGGCCGUUUGCAUGUCAUCGCAGAUGAUGCUGAUCACCCAGCUGAUGCCGCUGGGCUGCCUGCUCGACUAUGUGCGCAACAAUCGCGACAAGAUCGGCUCCAAGGCGCUGCUCAACUGGUCCACCCAAAUCGCCAAGGGUAUGUCCUAUCUGGAGGAACGUCGUCUCGUCCAUCGUGAUCUGGCCGCACGUAAUGUUUUGGUGCAGACGCCAUCGCUGGUCAAGAUCACCGACUUUGGGCUGGCCAAGCUGCUCAGCCUGGACUCCAAUGAGUAUAAAGCGGCUGGCGGCAAGAUGCCCAUCAAAUGGCUGGCUCUGGAAUGCAUUAGGCAUCGGGUCUUCUCCAGCAAAUCGGAUGUUUGGGCCUUUGGCGUGACCAUUUGGGAGCUGCUGACCUUUGGCCAGCGACCGCAUGAGAAUAUACUGGCCAAGGAUAUACCGGAUCUGAUCGAGAUGGGUCUCAAGCUGGAGCAGCCAGAGAUCUGCUCCCUGGACAUCUACUGCACGUUGCUCUCCUGCUGGCAGCUGGAUGCCGAUCUGCGUCCGCCGUUCAAGCAGCUGACGAAUGUGUUUGCGGAAUUUGCACGCGAUCCGGGCCGAUAUCUGGCCAUACCCGGCGAUAAGUUCACACGCCUGCCAGCCUAUACGAGCCAGGACGAGAAGGAUCUCAUACGCAAGCUGGCGCCGACAACGGACGGCUCCGAGUCCAUUGUCGAAGCGGAUGACUAUCUGCAGCCAAAGGCAGCAGCCGGUCCCAGCCAUCGCACAGACGGCACCGAUGAGAUACCCAAACUCAAUCGGUAUUGCAAGGAUCCCAGCAACAAGAACAGCAACAGCAGCGGAGGCGGCGGCAUCAACGGUGACGAUGAGACCGACUCCAAUGCCCGUGAAGUGGGCGUUGGCAAUCUGCGACUCGAUCUGCCAGUCGAUGAGGAUGACUAUCUGAUGCCCACGUGCCAGACCAAUCCAAAUGGCAGCAACAACAACAACAAUAACAGCAACAAUCCCAACAACAACAUGGCCACAGCAGCCACGGGCUACAUUGAUGUCAUUGGCGUGCCUGCGAGUGUGGAUAAUCCCGAGUAUCUGCUGAACGCACUGAGCGCUGGCGAGGCGCCGAUCCCAACACAAACGAUUGGCAUACCGGUGGCGGGUGUGCCCAGCACCAUGGAGGUGAAAAUGCCGGGCAGCGAAUCGACCAGCUCCGAUCAUGAGUACUACAAUGAUACGCAGCGGGAGCUGCAACCGCUACAAUUGCUGCGCAGUCGCAACACGGAGACGCGUGUGUAGCACACAGUUGCCAGUUGCCAGUUGCCAGUUGGGGUUGCAGUUGCAGGUGCAUCGCACACACUUACUGCCAGAAUGUAACAAACUCAACCAACAAGUUAAACAAUGAAAAAGAAUGAAACAUUGGAUAUCAAUCUUGCCACGUAGUACCCAAGUGCCUUUGAACCCAUCGCCAGAUGUCAGUUGCCAGUUGCCAGCUGCCAGUUGCCAGUUGCGGAACGGCAGCUGAGGUGUGCCUUCUGAAUGCUGUUAUCAUAGAUAAAACCAAUUCGUGUCUAGUUGUAUAAAACCCAUAUAUAUAUAUCUCCUGUACAUUACUAUCUAUCUAUCAAUCUAUCUAUAUAACUCUCUAUCUUUAUCGUACUUAGCCGUUUAGUCUUUUCCCCUCAUCCGCUUCUUCUGUCUAACUUUUCUAUAUUAUCAAUAUCUACACAUAUUGUUUUUAAUGUCCAGUCGCUGAUCAGCGCUUGUAGAUUUGUAUGUAAUUACGAGAACAAAACACCGAUAGUGCAUUUCUUAGACGCCAGCGAAGCCAGCGAAUUGAACUUUGUACAAGCCGCUCCAUUUGGGGGCCAUUGGUUCAAUGGUUCUGGUAUUGCGUUGGGCGUUCACUAAGCUAAAAUUAUGUUUUCUAGUUCAUGUAGUGGACUGUCGCAGUUGUACCCAUCAUAAUCUUCUUAUAUAUAUAUAUAUAUAUAUAUAUAUAAACUUAUUUAAUAAUAUAUACGAGUUAUAGGCUUUUAGUUAAUAGUUUUCAACUGUGAUAUAGUUCGUAGGGAACUCUGAAUAAUAAAAGAAUUUUACAUACUUCUGAAUUAACUCAAACGAUAUGCAACCCACUGUAUACAUUGUUAAUAGCCACUCAGAUCUAAUGCAGUUUAUGGGCCUAGUUUCAUUACCAUUCGAAAACAAAAAAUAAUAGAACCGAUUUGAUUUGAGAAACAAUAAAUCCCGAGCGUGCCAUGCAUCGAUUAUGCAAUUCUCCUAAAGAUUUCGAGUAUUUCGAGUUGGCACAUUAAGGUUGAAACUGAAAUAUAAAUGUAAGCCUUAGUCUAAUAUAUAUUGAUCAAAGAUAUAAUUAUGUAAAAAAUAUAUACAAUAUAUACGAUUACAAUACUGAAACGUAUGCAGCUAAUAUCUAAUCUUUACGCCUACUUCUUAUACACAUGUAGAUUUGUACUUUGC